AUGUUUAGUGUACCUUCCACAAAUAGUGAUAUGCAAGAAGAUGAAGAUGUUCAAGAAGUAUUUAUUAGUGGGUUGCCUAAAAAACUUGUUUUAGGUAAAAGAAAGGGUACAAAGCCAGUAGAUAAUUACUUUGCUUCAAGAACUACUCCAAGAGCUCAACCUGGUCUUAAAAGUGUGUUCCAAAGCAAAGAAAGGGUGAGGCAAGCUGAUAUGGCUAUUGCAAGGUUUCUGUAUGACAAUUGCAUUCCUUUUAAUGUAGUGAAUUCAAUGUACUACCAAAUGAUGAUUGAUGCCGUAGCUGCUGCUGGUCCUGGUUACAAAGGUCCAUCUUAUCAGGCUGUACGGGUCCCUUUGUUGAGGGAUAAUAAGAAAGAGGUUCAGUUGUUGGUUGAGUCACAACGUAGGCAUCGGGUAGAAGUUGGAUGUACACUUAUGGCAGAUGGUUGGACAGAUACUAGACAUAGGUCAUUGAUUAAUUUCCUUGUUUAUUGUCCUAGGAGAAUGGUAUUUGUAAAAUCAGUUGAUGCCUUAGAUAUUGUGAAGAAUACCAGAAACUUGUUUAAAUUGUUUGAUGAAGUAGUUAUAUGGGUUGGUCCAAAAAACAUAGUUCACAUGGUUACUGAUAAUGCUUCCAAUUAUGUACCUGAUAUGGGAGACAUGCCUUAUGUGGAGAAACUAAAAAAUUGUGCAACCAAAGUUACAGUUUUUAUUUAUAAUCAUGUGGCUUUGAUUGCUUGGUUGAGGAAGAGACCUGGUUGGACAGAUAUUGUACGUUGGACAGAUAUUGUACGUGCAAGAGCAAUAAGAUUUGCUACUACUUUCCUUUCAUUUGGAAGCCUUCAUGUGCAUAAGCAUGACUUGCAACCCUUAGUGACUAGCAAGUUCUCUGUGGACAAUAGAUUGGCAAGAGACUCAAAGAAAAAAGAAGUAGUUUCUAUCAUUUUGGAUAAUUCUUUUUGGGAUGAUAUUAAUGUUCUUGUCAAGAUUUCAUCGCCACUCAUUCAUUUGUUACGGAUUGUUGAUUCUGAUCAAAGGCUUGCAAUAGAAUAUGUGUAUGAGGGCAUGCAUAGAGCACGGUUGGGAAUCAAGAAGAUCUUCCGAAUGAAGAAGCACUUGUAUAAGCCAUACACCUCAAUUAUAAAAAAUCAUUGGGACAAACAUUUGUGUAAAGAUCUUCAUGCUACUGCAUAUUGGUUAAAUCCCGAUUUUCAAUAUGAUGAGGAGAAUUUUCGUCAGAAACUAGCAGUAAAUAUGGCUAUUUUGGACUACAUUGGGACAAAAUAUGAUGGUGAUCAAGAAAAGGUAAUUAAAGAAACCCAAUAUUUUCGAGACCAUUGUCAAUAA